UUCACGGGUAGACGGGUAGAGAAUCUUUAUCGCUGCGCAUUUGGAAACACGCGCUUGGGCACUUGGUAUGCGCUUUUUCAAUCGCUGUCGUCUACAAAUAGUCUGCAUGGAUUGGUUCUAUCAAUUUUUUUGUUUUUACAUUUCGAUUGUUGUAUAGUUUUUUUUUCAAAUAAGUCUCUUAUCGACUUUUUUUUUAAAGCAGCAUUUCGGGCAACCAUGAGUAAAUCUGGAACAUUAAAAAUUAAGAAUUUGUUUCAUAAAACAAAGUCACUGGAUAAAGAAAACAGGGACGGGGAAAAGCACACAUUUAAAGAUGCAACUUCAUAUGGAGAUGGGGAGUUUGCGAGCCCAGGCCCGAGUUUACCGUCGAGUCCCGAACUUGUCAGUCCCGUCAGCCCCCUGGAUGGGACGCUGCAUAGGAGUCAAGCAAGUGAGAAGAAAAAGAAGAAGAAGCGGUUCUUGUCCUUGCAGCUCAAGAAGAAAGGCUCAAAGGAGGAAGGGCGCAUCGACGACCCACUGUCCUAUAACGGUGCUGACGAGCUCCACAGCUUCAGCAGUAACAUGAGUUUUGACCAACUGAGCGUGAAAACAGAAUACAGCACCACGACUGACAGGGAUGCUACUUCCAUGAUCAGCUAUGACAUGUCAGCCUUCAGUCCCAACAAGUCCAGAAAUAAGAGCUCAGACAGAGUGUUGAACCGCAUCGGCAGUUUUUUUUCCAUAAAGAAGAAGAAGAGCCGGAGCGGUUCACUCUCAGCAGACUCAGAGGAUGGAUCCUGGCUUGGUCCUGGCUCUCCAGGCUCCCCCCAGUCCCCUGGUUCUCCUGUCUCCCCCCAGUCCCCUGGUUCUCCCGUCUCCCCUCAGUCCCCUGGUUCUCCUCUCUCCCCCCACCAACCUCCACAGGAAGACUGGCAAAGGACCCCCACCACCACCCGGAGAGAGGGGGAGGUAGUGGAAGCCGGAGCUGGGCCAGUGCAAGGAAGUUUGUCAGAGCUCCAGGAGGAGGGAUCGGUGUUCAGUACCAGCUCCAGCCCUGGUACCUCCAGCCUAGCCUCUCUGGUGGUGGUGGACAGAGGGGACCUUUUGUUUGCAGGCAGCGACAGCAGCGGUCGUGGCAGCGUGAGGGAGGUGCAGGUGUGCAGGGCGAGCCGGGCCGAGGCAGAGGCAGACGGAGAGUCCGACAGGAAUUCUUGGAAUCUGACUCCCACGAACUCGUCCUCCUCCGGAGCAGACCAAGUCCCAGGGCUCAGCCCCACUGAGGACAUAGUGGGAGAGGCGAGCAGGAGGCUGCAGGUACAUCUGGAACAAACCACUGUGAAAGACAGAGAGGGGUCUGGAGGGGGCAGCCCAGUGGUCCAAAACACCCUCAGGUCGUUUGAGCUCUCCCAAUCUCACCUUAAGGCUGACUUCACCUCUUUGGUCACAGAGUCUAAAAAGACCUCCCUGAAAACAUCUGUUGGAGGGAAGGGGAGUUACCUGGUGGGAGUGACUGUAGGCUCUCAGUCACACACCCCGUCCUCCUCAGAUCCCCAACCAGAGGGGGAGGAGGGGAAGGACAGCCCAGCCAUGGGGAAGAAAAACAGGAGGAGGGCUCUGAAAUCCACCAGCAGCAGCUCGACUGAAACAGCUCCCCCCACACAGACCACGUUACAUGGGGGAGAGGAGGGGGCGACGCAGGACUCACCAGUGAAGCUACACAAAGCCUUGUGGGUGGAAACACACCUGGGAGAAGAGGAGGGGGAGAGGAAGGGGAAGAGGAAGAGUGUAAAUUCGCAUUCAGUCCUGGCCAUACCUAUGACUGUGGCCCCUGUGGAGUACCCUGAUACUGCAGGUGUCCUGGCCAUACCUAUGACUGUGGCCCCUGUGGAGUACCCUGAUACUGCAGGUGUCCUGGCCACUCUAACUCCUUCAGCAGUAUCAGCAGCAGAUGCCAGUGGCAGAGAGCCAAAGCCAAAGCUGUCUGUAUCUACAGCGCCAGCCUCCAAGGAGUCCAAAACAACAAACAAAGCCCAGCCAGAGGCGAACAGUCUAGGCACAGACUCAGAGAGCAGCACCCCUCUAGAGUACCAGAUGGCCCUGAGCAAAGAGGAAAAGUGCAGGAGUGUGAAACUGUCCCGCAGUGAGAAGCUUUUCCCUAAGAAGGUGUAUGUGAGCCCUGAGCACAGUUUUGACGGGGACGAGCAGACAAAAACAGAGCUAGAAAAUAAUGACAUCGCAGACUUGGCUUCAAAGAUUCCUCAGAAGUCAGAGGUGAAACUCUCGCCAAGCCCCCAAAAAGUUUAUGUAGACCUCAAGGAACCAAACAAUGACUGUAUCAUCACUGCUGGGGAGAUAACCAAGGGUACAGACUCUGAUCGAAGACAACAUGACCCCAUGGCUGUAGACAGUUCCCCAACGUCCCCAACCCCAGAGCUGGAUGAGGCCUCUCCAACCACAACUAUGCCAGGACGUAAAACACAGCCCAACACAGGAGGUUCAAGGGUUAGAUGUCAGGGGACGACCCAGAACACCCCGUCUAAACCAGGUGACAAAGUAGGCAAUGUAGCCAGUCGGUCAAAGUGCCCCCCUCCUCCGGUUGGACCCAAGUCCAAAGCUGUCCUGGGCAUGGCUAAGGGAAAGGGUCUGAAAGAUGGUGGAAAGGCAGGGAUUUCUAGUGGGGCUCCAUCACAAAGGACACCUAAUGAUGGCAGUGAGAAAACAAAGGUUAUGUCACCUACGUUAAAGGAUCAACCCACCGCAGGAAAAACAGAGGUCACCGACAGCCCCAAGUCGAAAAUUCCCAAAAAGUCACAGACAGAAGCUGUAUCAAAACCUCCACUGUCACCAGGCACAACCUCAGUGGUUGAUGUUUCAGUGGCUGUGUUUUUACCUGUGCUUGGUUCCAAACCCCAGAAGACCCCUAAACCUAAACAUUUAAUGAUUAAAACAGACAAAAAGCCUAUCACCGAGGAGGUGAAUGAAGUGGGUUCAGGGGGGAAACCAACUCCAGGGCCUGUUACGCCAGAAGAGGCAUCACCUACUAAAGUACCAGUCAUGUCACCUGUGAACUCAGAUAAGGUAAACCUAUCCAAUGGGAUGGAAAAAGACCCUGAGGACAACAACACUGACAUAGCCAAAACAAGUGAACCCAAAGAUGUCAAAAAGCAGGCUCCCACACGCCCAGACAGCACCAACAGCAGCAUGAUACCAAAGAGCCGGUUACCCAAAGCCCCUAACUCUUUGUCUCUGGUCAGAAAGAUGAAAGACGGCAAACUCCAAACCAUCGACACAGGGAGUAAAACUACCAAGACCACUGAGAGAGCAUCAGUUGUCAAUAGUAGGCCUUCCACACCAACCAGCCCAAAGCAGCAGGAGCUUCCCAGCCCAGAGGAAAUGCCCCCAGAUGAGACAAUGACCACUGAACCUGAGAAGGGAAGCAAGCUGCCCUGCCCUUUGCAAACAAACCUGCCCCAACAGGCCUCCAAUAAGAGCACCCCCCGUGUUGACGGGGACACACCCACCCCUCCCUCACUGUUACCAACCAAGCCAGAGAAACCCGCCUCCCUUGGACUUAAGAAGAAGAGUAACAUCACAUCUCCCACCAUGGACAUGACUGCUGAUGAUUCUGGGAAGACUUCACCACUGAGUUUGAAAAGUCCAGUGAAAGAUCCAAGUGAUUCUGUGACUGUGGCUAGCAAGCGUGCAAUGUUCCGUCAGGUAACUCCCCCGAAAGGCAAGCCCAGCAAGCCCCUCAAGAAAUAUGAGCAAACUAUGAACUCUGAAACACAAUCUAAAUCCAUACAAGAUCAUGUGUCACUGGUCACAGAUGACUCUCAAAUAGAUGAUCAACAAACCACACCAGCAACACACCAGCAACUGUUUGUAAAUGAUCAAACAGAUGAACCAGCAGUCACUGGAACAAAUAAAUCACUAGAGGACAGGAGCAGUAGUAGUACACCUGAAACAAAAAUGGAUAAAAUAUCUGAAAAUGGACAAAAAAAAUCGAUAUCAGUCAAAACUACCUGUAUUACAAAGGAACAACAAACCAAACCAUACGCAGAUCUCUCAUCCGAGACAGAGAGUGACCACAACUAUGUGGAAGCCUUAACCAAUACACCACUGCAGCAGAUGGGUCCUGUAAGCCCAGGUGUAGUCCUGGAGAAACGCCCAACUGAACCAAGCCUCAUUGUGUCUGCCUCAAGCACACCUACCCAUGAGGAAGUAAUAUAUACAUCAACCAAGCCUGAAUUGACUGACCACAUUCAUACUGACACUGAGGACCAAGCUAAUCAGAAAAGUGAUGAGUACAAUGAAAAUACUUCUACAGCUUCAGAGAAGCUCAUACUUAGUGCUGGGGAAGGGAUAUCCAAUACGAAUCAGCCUGUGGAACAUGGCCUGGAUGUAGCAAAGGAUAGCUCACCCAAAAACGCCUCCACUGUGGUUGAAAGAAGAGAGAGUCAAGAUACGGCAACACAGUCACCCAUCUUUGGAUCAGAGGAAAAAUCGAAGAAACUAGCUAAUGCUCAAACCCCCGAUAUAGUACCUAUUCGUAAUGGCAUAGUUUCUGAUAUAUCCAUAGUGUCUGGGAAAGAGACUGAAGUACAGAAGGGGGGAGAGCCAGUGAAGGUCUCCGACAUCAUAACAGAGCCUGCGAUUGUUCUGAAACCAAUUAAAAAUGGUGAGGUCCAACUGAACAAAGAGCUUCCUUCACUGACACAGAAUUUGGCAGAUGCACAUAGCGGGCCACACAAAGAAAACAAAGAGGACAAACUGGGUGAGGCGGCAACUAAGAGCACAGUUACUAAGAUGGAUGCCAAACAGGAAUCAAAGACCAUAACUACAAAAGAUCAGAAGGAGAAAGUGACAAAACAAGAAGAAAGACCCAGCGAAGGAGCGACUAAGAUAUUAGACACAAAACAGGACUCAAAAUCCAUAAGAACAAAAGCUCAGGAGAAGGUCUUGCUCCUCAAAGAACCCCCUAAAACGACAAAAGCAAACCCCAAGGCUGAGCUGCCUCUUCAGCUGCCAACUCCUCUGAAGCUCCCCUCUCCCUCUAAACCUCUCCCUCUGAAACAGGAAUCUCCGUCCAGCUGGCUGAACGUGGAGCGCGGCUCAAAACAGGAGCAGAAGAGGGAGACCAAGAGAAGGCUAGACUGUUCAGCCAGCGAGGAUGAGAGUCUGGCUGAGAUUGACAACGUGGAUGACUUCAUCAGGAGCAUUAAGGAACUGGGCACCCCCUUUCCCCUGCCCCCCAAGAGGCACCAUGACCAUGCCAAGACCUCCUCGCCCCCCUUUGCCCUGCCCGCCAUCAAGGAGGACCGCUUCGAGAAGCCUUUUGACGCUGAUGGCUUCCAGUUUGGCCUGAAAAAGAGGACCAAGGAUGAAGAAACCCCGGCCAUGUUGAUAAAGAAACAGGCCAGGGAGGAGAAGACACAGCCAAGAAGGGCUAAUGCAGAGGACAGCCUUCUCUUCAAAGCCCUCCAGUCUCCAUCUAGAGCCCGGAGAAAACCAGGGUGUCAAACAGAUGGGAAAGAUGAGGAGGUGAACAUUAAAGUAGAGGGGAAGAGGGAAGUAGAGAAGAAAGAGGAGCAAGGGGAAGAAACCGGUCAGCUCACGUCACGGCUAGGAAGGAUGUCCCUGCUCUCCAACCUAUUGAGCUCCCCCAGGACUUCCAGAAGGAACAAAGGGGAUCCUUCCUCCUCAGUCUCUAAUGGUGCUCCUCCCUCUCCUACCACCCAGGGCACAGUGCCAGAAAGGGCGGGUUGGAGAAGUAUGAAUCCGGGCCUGAGUAUGGGUGUGGUUGCAACUGGUGAGUCAAUAAUCAGUCCUUCCUCACCUACUCCUCUCCCCUUGUUCACUGAGCUAAAGCUGCCAGAUCCCCUGGAGCAGUAUCUCAGGACAGACAAAGGAUCCUCACAGAGUAGUGCUACACAGAGUACAAUGGCUAGCCCUAUAAUGGGCUUAGGUCACGGUACUGGACUAAAGGGACUUACCUUAGGACUUCAUCCAGCCACCAACCACAUCCCACAGGCCCCUCUGAAUGGUCUUCCUGCAGCCAACCCUAAGAUUCCAGAAGUGAGAGGGUUCCACAAACGGCCUGGGAAGAUAGUGCUCCAUGAGCAGGCUCAGUUUGAAGGAGAGGCCUACGAGGUGUUUGGGGACGUAGAGGAUGCCUCCAUGAUGAAGCUGUCUCCUGUCAUCUCAGUCAGGGUCAUCAGGGGAUGCUGGCUGCUGUAUGAGAAGCCAAGGUUCCAGGGGCGGACCAUCGCCCUGGAGGAGGGGCCCAUGGAGCUGGUCAACGUGUGGGCAGAGGAGGUGACACCAGGGGCACUGGAUCACAUGGGUCUGCCUGUGCCAACCUCACCCAUGGUCAUCGGAUCUAUCCGCCUGGCAGUGAGGGACUACAGUCUACCUCGGAUUGACCUGUUCACUGAAGUGAAUGGUCUGGGGAGAAUGACAUCCUUCUGCGACGACACUAUUGAGAUCUGCUCUUAUGGGAACAUACAGAACACCGGCUCCAUCAAGGUCCACUCUGGAGUCUGGCUGGUGUAUGGUGACCCAGGGUUUGGGGGUCUCUUAUCGGUGUUGGAGGCGGGCGAGUACCCCUGUCCAGAGGCCUGGGCAUUCCCUCAGCCCUUCAUUGGAUCGCUGAAAACACUCAAAAUGGGUGGGAUAAAGGUGGAGCAUCCUAAUGAAGUAAAGGCUCUGGUGUACGAGAGGCCGUGCUUCGAGGGCGAGUGUGUGGAGAUUGACGAUGAUGUGUACGACUUCAGAGAGGGAGGAGAGAAGAAAGAGGGGCGGGUGGAGGAGGUGGUGGAGGAGGAGGCAGAAGGUAAUCCAGUCAGAAGGAAGACUUUGUGUUCUGUGGGAUCCAUCAAGAUCAUUCGUGGACUCUGGGUUGGCUAUGAUGAACCAGAGUUUGAAGGUCACCAGUAUCUCCUGGAGGAGGGGGAGUAUCCUGACUGGAGGGAGUGGGGAGGCUACGGAGACCAGCUCCUGUCACUUCGCCCUGUACGCACUGAUGUCCUGUCUCCCCAUGUGAAGUUGUUCAGUGAGAGGGACUUUGGGGAGAGAGGGGUCAACAUGGACCUGCUAGGGCCUGUCAUUAACAUGGAGGACACAGGCUUCGGCUCGAAGACACAGUCCAUCAAUGUCCAGGGUGGAGUGUGGGUUGCCUUUGAGAACCCUGGGUUCUCCGGAGAACUUUACAUUCUAGAGAAAGGCCUCUACGGAAGCCCAGAGGACUGGGGAGGACCGAACCUCAAGAUAUCCUCACUGCAGCCAGUCUUCCAGGAUAACCUGGGUGGAUCAAGCAAGUUCAGGCUCCAGCUGUUCUCAAAGCCUGGGUUCCAGGGCAGAGUGGUGGUACUGGAGGACAGUGUGGUAGCCCUGGAGGAAGACUUCUUCCCUGGCUCCUGUAGAGUACUGGCUGGGAGCUGGGUGGCGUAUGAAGGAUCCCAGUUCACAGAGCACAUGUAUGUCCUGGAGGAGGGAGACUACCCCAAUACCAAGUCCAUGGGCUGUCUGGGUCCUGACUCUACCAUCCGCUCCAUACAGACCAUCAGCCAUGAGUUCUCCCUCCCGUCCAUAACGUUGUUCAGUAAGGUUGGCUGUAGAGGCCGUAGGGUGGUGCUGACGGAAGGGGUGGUGAACCUGCAGCUGGCUGGGGUGGACGGACGCAUACGCUCCCUGGUUAUCGACGGAGGAAUGUGGGUGCUGUAUGAGGGGUGUCAUCACCGCGGCCGUCAGAUCCUGCUACCGCCCAGCAAACUGGGUGAUUGGUGCAAGUUCAGCAGCUGGCCGCGAAUCGGAUCCCUGCGACCACUAUUGCAGAAGCAGGUGUACUUCCGUCUGCGAAGCAGGGAGACCGGCUACGUGAUGUCCCUGUCAGGGCCUCUGGAUGACAUCAAGCUGUUGCGGGUCCAGGCCCUGGAGGAGACUGGGGGAGUGGACCAGGUCUGGCUCUUCCAUGACGGAGUCCUACGCUGCAAGCUGGUGGAGGACUGUUGCCUGCAGAUCACGGGGAGCGUUGUCAUGGCGGGCAGCAGGCUGAGUGUGUCUCCUCCGGAGCCAGGGAAAGACAACCAGCUGUGGAACAUUACCCCAGACGGCCUGGUCCGAUGCCACCUCAAACCUGAUCUGGUGCUUGAGGUUAAAGGUGGACAAAGUUAUGACAAAACUCAAGUGAUUCUCAACACAUUUGAUGAGAGAAAACACAACCAAAGAUGGUCUUUGGAGAUCCUGUAAUAUAGUGUCAAUAGACCUGGCCCUUCUACAGCAGCUCUGCCGUGGGCUUCAGAACUCUCUGGUGCAGCUAAGCCAAGGGUUUAAGAGCUUUCUUGCAUUAGAAGGCCAUGGGACUCAAAGCUCUGUGAUGCAGUUCCACCGUGGGACCCAUACUCUUGUUUCUUUAUGCAGUUCCUACAAGGGCCUUAGCACUCUGUGAUUCUAGUCUGCAGUGGGCCUCGAGAUAUUCUGAAACAUGUGUUGAGCUUGUGCGCAUCCAUACUAGGUUGUCUUUGUAAAACACAACUAUAAACUAGUAAACUACACAUUUCCAUGUCACUGCAACGAGAAAGAAACCAAACAACAUGUGGCUACAGUACUAUCUAUAGAACAAGGGUGGCAGGUAGCCUAGUGGUUAAGAACAUUGGGCCUGUAACUAAAAAGUCGCUGGUUCGAAUUCCCAAGCCGACUAGGUGAAAAAUGUUGAGGUGCCCUUGAGUAAGGCACUUAACACGAAUUGCUCUGGAUAAGAGCAUCUGAUAAAUAACUUAAAAGUACAUUUAAGGAGCACUACAAUAUACGGUCAGGACUUGAAUGCUGCUUUACAAAUUCCACAAUUAAUUAUUUCAUUGACCAUACCAAAGAAAAACGGUAGUGGAAUAUGUGUGUGUCUCUACUAUAUUCAUAGCAUUUACAAUGAGUUAAGUGUGCUUCACCAGUCAAUCACUGAAAUGUAUAUGUUUUCACACAAGGGUUAGUCUAUGAAGUCACACACUCCUUGAAUUCUCCAAAGGUACGUUUUGAGUAGAUAUGUUGGUAACACUUGACACCCAGCGUCAUAAAACAUACCAUGGUAGUUAUUUUAUGGCUGGUUAUGACACCUACAUAAGAGUGUCAAAACACAUAAAACCUACCAUGGUAGUUAUUUUAUGGAAGAUUAUGACAUGUAUAUAAGAGUGUCAAAUAACCCAAAAACUACCACACAAGGCAAAACAUUCCAUUACACCAUAGCCUACUUGUCAACAGUAUGUUUGUUAUUCAUUUUUAAAUUGACCAUAUACAAUUAUCAUUGUAAUUGCACACACAUUGCUGUCAGACAUGUGCCUACCCCCAAUGCUCUGUUUCUGAUGACUGGGAUAAAUGCAGGAGCAGAUUUUAGGAGCAGGACAAGACACCCUCUUUGUGACUGAUGACUGACAUAAGGGCAUGUGCGUGAUAGGACUAUAUGGCUUAGAUGAUUAUGAUGGUAAUAAUGCUUCUUAACAGUGUCAUAAAGUGUAUUUUCUUAGUCCAAGUAAAGUGACAUAGGAUGGUCAUAAUGCAUUUGGACUGUUUCCUAAAGUGCAUUUUCAGAGUACAAGUAAAGUGACAUAGGAUGGUCAUAAUGCAUUUGGACUGUUUAAUAAAGUGUAUUUUCUUAGUCCAAGUAAAGUGACAUAGGAUGGUCAUAAUGCAUUUGUACUGUUUCAUAAAGUGCAUUUUCUUAGUCCAAGUAAAGUGACAUAGGAUGGUCAUAAUGCAUUUGGACUGUUUCAUAAAGUGUAUUUUCUUAGUCCAAGUAAAGUGACAUAGGAUGGUCAUAAUGCAUUUGGACUGUUUCCUAAAGUGUAUUUUCUUAGUCCAAGUAAAGUGACAUAGGAUGGUCAUAAUGCAUUUGGACUGUUUCAUAAAGUGUAUUUUCUUAGUCCAAGUAAAGUGACAUAGGAUGGUCAUAAUGCUUUAUGAAAAGUUAUUUCAAAUAUUAUGAAAAAAAAUGUAUGUAAAGUAUUCAUAACAACAACAAAGGACUUAAGAAACAAACUUUCAAACAAAAGGACAUUUCUUGGCAGGGAAAAAACACAUUUGAAUACAUUUGGGUUUUGACACUAAGUGUCAUAACCAGACAAAAAAUAAUGCAAUAUGUCAGAAUAGGUGUAACUAUAUGGGUCAUGACAGUGUUAUGACCAUAUUAUGACAGGUUAUGACAAGUUUUGUCAGUUAUGAUAUAUUAUGACAUGGUUAUGACCAUCAAGUAAAGUGUUACUGAUAUGUUUUUCAUGUUUUAUAAGUAAUUUUCUUGUCUGGAUUUAUACUUUACUUCACACACUAUUCACAGAACAUUAGCUGCAACAGGUGCAUGUAUUUCAUAUGUCAAAUGAUUAAAGAUCCGUUUCAACACUGUG